AGUAUCUGGCAACCCUGGGCAGUCUCAGCCGGUGAAUCUUGCGUCUGCUUCUCUGUCAGCUGAACCUCCGCAGAAGGUCUUUCUCUGUAGCCGGUUAGCAUCAUGGCAAACGUUGUGGAUACUAAGCUGUACGACAUCCUCGGAGUUUCACCAUCUGCUUCUGAAAAUGAACUAAAAAAGGCCUACCGUAAACUGGCCAAAGAGUACCAUCCUGACAAGAACCCUGAUGCUGGAGACAAGUUUAAAGAGAUCAGUUUUGCUUAUGAAGUACUGACAAAUCCAGAAAAGAAGGAGCUCUAUGAUCGCUAUGGAGAACAGGGGCUACGGGAGGGAGGAGGCGGAGGGCCUGGCAUGGAUGAUAUCUUCUCUCACAUUUUUGGUGGAGGACUGUUUGGGUUCAUGGGGGGACAGGGCAGAGGACGCAAUGGAGGCAAGAGGAGAGGAGAGGACAUGGUACACCCCCUGAAAGUUUCUCUUGAAGACCUCUACAAUGGCAAAACCACCAAACUGCAGCUCAGUAAGAAUGUGCUGUGUGGUGCCUGUAAUGGUCAGGGGGGUAAGGCAGGAGCAGUGCAGAAGUGUGUGGCAUGCAGAGGACGAGGUAUGAGAAUCAUGAUUAGACAGCUGGCUCCUGGGAUGGUCCAACAGAUGCAGUCAGUCUGCACAGACUGCAAUGGAGAGGGUGAGGUGAUAAAUGAGAAGGACCGCUGCAGAAAGUGUGAGGGCCACAAAGUGUGUAAGGAAACCAAGCUUCUGGAGGUUCAUGUGGACAAAGGCAUGAAACAUGGACAAAAGAUUACAUUCUCUGGGGAAGCUGACCAAGCACCAGGUGUCGAACCAGGAGAUAUAGUCCUGGUGCUACAAGAGAAAGAACAUGAGGAGUUCCGCCGUGAAGGCAGUGACCUUCACAUGGUUCAGCGUAUCGGCCUUGUCGAGGCUCUGUGCGGUUUCCAGAUGACUGUCACACACCUUGAUGGACGUCAGUUGCUUGUCAAAUACCCACCUGGGAAAAUCAUUGAGCCGGGCUGUAUUCGAAUGGUGAAGGGAGAGGGAAUGCCGCAAUACAGAAACCCCUUUGAGAAGGGAGACCUUUACAUCAAGUUUGACGUCCAGUUCCCUGAAAACAACUGGAUUAGUCCCGAAAAACUGAAUGAACUUGAGUGCUUGCUGCCAGCUCGUGCUGAAAAUCCUGUGAUCGCAGCAGAUGCAGAGGAAGUUGACUUGACAGAUUUCGACAGGAGUCAAGGGUCAGGCGGUGGAGCCAGGAGAGAGGCCUACAAUGAUAGCUCUGAUGAGGAAGGGGGGCAUCAUGGCCCAGGGGUGCAAUGUGCACACCAGUAGAAAGACUUAAACAUAAAGAUGUGCACACACAAACGCAAAAACACAUCAACAUCCCUUCAGUCCCAUUGCUAACACCCACCAUUCAAGACUUGACGCACAUACGUGCACAUUUCUCUUCUUUCAUCAUCCCCAUGAAAAAGAGAUAAACACACAUUCAUAGACACGUAUAUUCAUCCUUCUCAGUUCCAUGGUGCCCACAAGUCAGAGAUAUGCUGGAUGUGUGAUGACCAUUUUGUGUUUAUGGACUGUAGUGCUUGUCAAAGCACCUCCAGCAAGACGGUGGUCUCAGUUUCAGAGGUUCACUGAUUGAGCUGGACUUGGACCUCCCCGUUUUCAUCAUAGGCUUUUACCUUUCACUGUGGGAAACACCAGUCUAGUGUAUAAAAUGCAAAUAUUGUUGACUAUCUUGUAUAAGGUGUAGUUUAGUGUAUCACACUCAAAUGCAUGCUGCUUUCUUGCUGAAGAUCUUGCACAUGUAGAUCCAGGGUCCGGACACUACAGAGAAUUCAGACACCACACGUUUAAAUUUCAGUGUGUCACUGCUGUAAAAUGCUAUCAGCUGACCUGAUUACAGCUCUAAAAGUGUGGCCUCUGCGCAGCCUGUUGAGAGUCGCACCACAACCCACCACAUCCUCUAAGGUGAACCAUCAUAUUUUGAAAAUGGGACUGGUUCUAUUUAAUUCCCAGCUAUCACAUUGCUAGAAUAUUAAAGCCGUGACUACAGCAUCUGUCAGCCAGGCACUGUGUUUCCUUAGUUUGGGAUUUAAGCUUGUUUGUCUUUGUUUGAAUGUUGGUGCGUCUGAGGCCACAUAACGUGAACCCAAGUUGUAUUCUUCAUUUUAUAUGAGGACUCACUCUUGUACUCUGUAUGUAUGUGUGCAAUGCAGUGGCUCAGUGUGUGAGCUGCUGUGGAAUGUUCCGGCUUACUAGGGUGAUAAGGUAUUCCUGCAUUGUGUUGGACUGCAGUGUGAAUAGCAUCAGUUACAGAAGAAAAAAAAACAGAAUGUUAAUUUGAUGAGAAACUCUCCUAUGUAGACAUUUUCCCUCUUUUCACCAGGACUGAGACUCUUGACGGAAACCACUGGACCCGCAACAACCCUUUGUAUUAUACAUAUCUCCCCAUUGUAGAGGUCUUAGCUAAAUCCUUUGACACAUUACAAUAUUUCCAUUCAAACUGACCUGUAAAUAAAUACAGCCUCAGUCCAUAGGUGCAUUCAAAGUCUACAGCAAUGUCCUUCUUCCAGUCAGAUUAUUUGAAGUGGGUACACUUGUGGGUAAUGGCCAACUGUGCCAAAUCAAAUGUGUUCACAUGAAGGGGAGUUGAUGAAACCUCUGUAGACUGUUAACAUGCACCUGUGCGACUCAUUGUGUAUGUAAUUAAGGUGAUGGGGAUAAUGUGUACACAGCUGAAGGAGGUCAUUGAUAAAUGACAUUACUGUUAACACUUAUGUUUGUCAAGAUGGUAAUUAAACUGUAUAAUACACAGUCA